AUGGUUUGUUACAAUACUCAGCAACCACAACAGCAACAACAACAACAGCCGCCAUUACCAUCACCGCAUCAUCUUCAGUUACAUUAUAUUAAUAAUACCAAAAACCAUUUGAAUAACUCAAAUAAUAAUAGUAAUAAUAAUAAUAAUAAUCAUAAUAGUAUUUCCGAUCAAUCAAUGGCACUAACAGAGUCACAAGAAGCGUAUAUACGCUUAGCCAAUUAUUCAAUGAAAAGAUCCGAACAACUUGCUCCAACUUAUAAUAUUAGAUCGCCAAGACCAUAUGGUGGUUAUGUGGUAAGUGUUAUUCUAUUAGAAUUUUAG